UUGAUGUUGAAUAUGCCUUAUUAGCAUAUUAAAAUGGCUGUGCCCAAAGACGCCAUCCCUUCCUUGUUGGAAUGCCAGUGCCAGAUCUGUGUGGAAAUCCUAAUUGAGCCAGUGACACUCCCUUGUAACCACACGCUCUGUAAACCAUGCUUCCAGUCGACUGUCGAAAAGGCAAAUUUGUGCUGUCCCUUCUGUCGCCGCCAGGUUUCUUCGUGGACUCGGUACCAUACCCGAACAAAUUCUCUUGUCAAUAUGGAACUGUGGGAGAUAAUUCAAAAACACUAUACAGAGGAAUGCAAGCUUAGAGCCUCUGGGCAAGAAUCAGAGGAAAUUGUUUAUGACUAUCAGCCAGUUCGCCUAUUAAGUAAACCUGGGGAAUUAAGAAGAGAAUAUGAAGAGGAGAUAAGCAAGGUGGAGGCAGAGCGACGAGCCAAUGAGGAAGAAGAAAACAAAGCCAGUGAAGAAUACAUACAGAGAUUACUGGCAGAGGAGGAAGAAGAGGAAAAGAGACAGGCAGAAAAAAGGCAAAGAGAGAUGGAAGAACAACUGAAAAGUGAUGAAGAGCUGGCAAGAAAGCUAAGCCUUAAUAUUAACAAUUUCUGUGAGGGAAGUAUCUUGGCUUCGCCGUUGAAUUCCGAAAAAUCUGACCCAGUCACAACCAAGUCACAGAAGAAAAGUAAGAACAAACAAACGAACACUGGAGAUAUUCAGAAGUAUUUGUCACCUAAAUCUCAACCUUGGUCAGCAUCACAGUCUGAAGUUGUACAAGAAGACAGGAAAGCCUCCAUGUCUAAGGAAGCUGACAGCAGUGAUGUGAAGAGUGCUACAUGGCAAGACACAGAAAUUGAGGAAGAUAUGCCAACACUUUCUCCUCAGAUAUGCCUUGAAGUUCAUGAACAAGGUGCACAAUCUUCAGUGGAGUCACCUAUGCCUCAGUUAUGUGCCAGUGGUAAAGAAUGGUGCCUUGAAGGAAAAGUCAAAACAGGACCAAGCAAUCAUGAAAAAGAGUUAUGUGUCAUAAAUCAUGAGGGACCUGAAGCCAGAGUUCCCUACUCUGGAGAAGCUGCAGUUAAGCCUUGUGGCAAAACAGAGAGUCGGUGCACUGUAUCAGAUAUGACACAGAUAAUUAGAAAUAACACAGCUGAGACAGAAAAUGAAGAGUCUCACCUACUGAUCAGUAAAGAUAUCUCCAAAAGAAAAAACCAGGAAUCUUUGUCUGAAGCAGUCAGGGAUCCAUGCUUUUCUGCAAAAAGAAGAAAAAUGUUCCCCAAAGCUUCCUCAGACCAAGAAGAAACAGAAAUCAACUUUACCCAAAAACUGAUAGAUUUGGAAUGUCUACUUUUUGAGAGACGUAAACAAGAAGAACAGGACAGGUUAUUAGCAUUACAGCUUCAGAAAGAGGUGGAUCAAGAACAAAUGAGGCCAAACCGGCAAAAAGGAUCCCCAGAUGAAUAUCAGUUACGUGCUACAUCCUCACCUCCAGACAAAUUACUAAAUGAAGAAAGGAAGAAUUCCAAAGAUAGAAACUUCAAAAGACAAACUAAUCUAGAGCAUCCAAAACCUAGGAGAGGCUCAAAAAAUGAAAAUGGGCAACCUUGUUUUAAGAUCCAGUUGAAACGUUCAGUUAAUGGAAGAAAGAUAACAAAUUCUACUAGAGAUAAUUGUAAUGUUUCUAAAACUCCUCAUUCCCUACAGCCUAGUAAGUCACAGAAAAGUAUUUUUCAGAUGUUUCAGAGAUACACAAAGUAGUGCUUGGGUAAGGGGAGUGUUGUAUAAUCUAGU